GCGAGUGGCGGGUGGGCUCAACGAGGGCCGGCGGCUGGAAGGCGGAGCGGGGGAGCGCGAACUGAGAGGUUCUGGAACUUGCGGUGGAAGGUGAGGGCCCGGGGCCUGCCUGGGAGAGAGGGCGACGCCUCCGGGAUGUGCGAUCCGAGGCUGGUCCGACUGGCCCUGCUGCAGCAGCUGCGGGCUGCCUAUGGCAUCAAGGUCAAGGGUGGCCGUGGACCAGGCGAUCGCAGGAGACCUGGUACGACAGCCACAGAAACAGGGAGUAAAAUAUUUGGAGUACCUUUCCAUGCAUUACCACAUUCUGUUGUACCAGAAUAUGGACACAUUCCAAGCUUUCUUGUUGAUGCUUGCACAUCACUGGAAGAGCACAUCCAUACAGAAGGGCUUUUUAGGAAGUCGGGAUCUGUUACUCGUCUAAGGGCACUAAAGAAUAAGCUGGACUGUGGUGAAGGCUGCCUGUCCUCUGAGCUUCCUUGUGAUGUCGCGGGGCUUCUGAAGCAGUUCUUCAGGGAGCUUCCAGAGCCUGCUCUGCCAGCUGAUUUGCAUGAAGCACUUUUCAAAGCCCAGCAGUUAGGAACAGAGGAGAGGAAUAAAGCUACGAUGUUGCUCUCCUGUCUUAUGGCAGAUCAUACAAUUGAUAUAUUAAGAUACUUCUUUAACUUUCUCAGGAAUGUAUCUCUUAGAUCAAGUGAGAAUAAGAUGGACAGCAGUAAUCUUGCAGUAAUAUUUGCACCAAAUCUUCUUCAGACGAGUGAAGGGCAUGGAAAGAUGUCUGCUAACACAGAGAAGAGGCUGCGUUUACAGGCAGCAGUGGUACAGACUCUGAUUGACUGUUCAUCAGAAAUUGGGCGUGUGCCAGAUUUUAUCUUGGAAAAGAUACCAGUUAUGUUAGGAAUUGAUGGUCUCUGUGCCACUCCAUCCUUGGAAGGCUUUGAAGAGGGUGAAUAUGAAACUCCUGGAGAAUGCAAGAGAAAACGAAGGCAAAGUGUUGGAGAUUUUGUUAAUGGAGCCCUAAAUAAACUUAAAUCUAACAGAACACCCUCUUUUACCCCUCAACAGGAUAGAACAGCCCAGUCGCCCGUGUCACCAGUGAUUCUUACACCAAGUGCUAAGCGUAAACUUCCAGGAGACUCUUCUCGUGGAUUUUCCAGUAAGAAGAGGAAGUCCAUGAGGCACAAUUUGAAUUUUGAGCUGUUGCCAAGUCAUCUCUUCAGUAGCAGUUCUACACCAGUAUCAGUUCAUUUGGAUACAAGCCUGGAAGGGUCAUCUCAGAGUUCACUCUCUCCUAUAGUCAGCAGUGGAAACCAUUUGAUCAGUACAGAUAGGCUCAGACGAAGUAAAAGGAUUGCAGGGAAAAAAAUUUGCAGAGUUGAAUCAGGAAAAGCAGGCUGUUUCUCUCCUAAAGUUGGUCGUAAAGAAAAGGUCCGAAGAUCUCUUCGCUUAAAAUUUAGUCUGGGAAAGAACAGCAGAGAUGUAAGUGGAUGUUCAGGCAUCAAUAGAGGUGAAAACGUUGGUCGGCGACUAGCAAAUCAGCAGAGUUUAAAACAUGGAAUGGAAUCUGUAAAAACAGGCCUGCUAUUUAGCCCUGACAUUGAUGAGAGAUUGGCAAAGAAAGCUUUCAAAAAUAUCAGUAAGUCUGAGGAAAACUUACUGACUCCAGAUCGACUAGAUGGAGCAAGUUACCGGAUGUCUUGGACAGGACCGAGUAAUUCAAGUUUUCGAGUAGAUCCAAAUGAAGCUUCUCCAAUAAUGGGAAAUCUUGAGGUGGAAAACUUUUCUUUGGAGCCCAAUAUUACUGUUGAAAAGUCUCCAGCAAUGUCCGGUGAACUCACCCCUUCCACUGCACAUGGCCAGCCUGAUAGUAUUGCAAUGGGAAGUUCCCUUAGUGGGGAUGAAAGUAAUUUGACUUCCGAGACCUUGGUCAAGAUUCAGAAGGCAUUUUCUGAGUCUGGAAGUAAUCUUCAUGCAUUGAUAAAUCACAGGCAGUCGUCAGUAACUAUUAUGGAGGAAGAAAAAAUGAGUGAAGCAUGCUAUAUAAAAAAUGACUCAGAGAAAAAGCUAUUUAAAACUAACGAUUUGACUGUGAGAGAAUCAAAGGAACAUUAUGAAAAUGAUGGUAAAGAUGACAUUUAUUUUUCAGAGGGAGACUUGUUACCACAUCAAAGUCAAAACAUUGGUAGAGAAGCACCUGUAAGAUGUUACUCAAGUCAGGUAAAGGUGGAACCUGAAAAAGAUGUUCAUUUGGUUAUACCAAAAGAUGACCUCUGCCAGCAAGCAGUCCUCAGGACUAAACAAGCUAAGGGACAGCAGUCUCUAGAAGAUGAAGCAAAUACUCAGUCAAAAGAGAAUGAGAGCAUGAUUGCAGAGGAUGUGGUGAAAAGUGCAGGCCCUCAGGAGGCCAAGGCUGGGGCCUCUUCCUCACAGCAGAGUGCAUGCACUGUAAGAAUCACUUCAAAACCUAGGGCUGUGAGACUUGCUAAGCAGCAGUCCCUGGUGGACGAAUGCAAUAAAACCGUUCGUGAAAACUUACAAAUGGCGGAACACAAAAAGGUUUCAGAUCACAUACAGUGGUUUAAUAAGCUUUCUUUAAAUGAACCAAAUAGAACAAAAGUGAAGUCACCUCUUAAAUUCCAGCGUACUCCUGUCCGUCAGUCUGUCAGAAGAAUUAACUCUUUGUUGGAUUACAACAGACCACCUGGAAGGCAGAAGUUGGACCUUAGUGAUGCUUCUUUGGUUAAAUCAGUGAGCUGCGAUAGUUCUUUUCCCUCAUGUGUAGAAAGCACAUCAAAAGAUUCCUCUGUGCCGUGCACUCAGCCAGGUCUUGAACAGUCUACAUUGUGUAGUCAGUUGAAUGACGCAAUUUCAAAAUCAAACAUGGACCUAACUUCUAAAUCUUUCUUGAAAAUGAAGAGGCACCCAGAUGCUGUGCAAGGCUUUCUCGGGUCCACUAGAAUUUGUAAAGAGGAUGGCAAAUGUGAUGGCCAGAUUAAGGUUCCCUUGGAUGAUCUGACUAAUCAUGACAUAUUGAAAUCUGUGGUCAAUAAUAAUACAGGCAUUCCUCCCAGGAUAAAAAACAAGGUUCUUAGGAAACCAUCAGAUAAAGAAAGGGUUUGGUACAAAGGUUCUCCAAAAAAUCCUAUAGGAAAGACUAAACUGCUACCAACAAGUAAGCCUGUAGACUUGUAAUUACCAAAUGUAGCAGGGCUUGGUAGCACUUUAAUCCCAGAACUUGGGAGGCUGAGGUUAACUAGGACAUUUGUUUUUCAGAGGGAGACCGUAAAUUCAAGGCCUGCCUGGGCUAUACAGUUCUCGGUCAGCCUGGGCUAGAGUGAAACCCUGCCUCAAAACCCAAAAGGAAAAAAUUCCAGUGUGAUACUUAUCAUUAAUGUAAUUGAAAUUAGCUGCAAGUGAUGUGACUUGCAGGAUAAUGACAUGUUAGUUGGUAGCUUAGCGUGAUUGUUAAGCAGCAGAUUUUCUCUGAAACAAUUUUAUGCAGGAGCAACUUGAAUUUUCAUAUUUGCACAUAUGACUGCUUUUUGCUUAAUUAUAGUAUUUAAACCUAACUUUACUGUGAUCUCUUAAAGCAAAGGUUAUACUUAUCUCUUAAAAGAAAUUAUUGGCUGGAUUUAUAAAAAAUGAAUUUUUAAGAUAGCAUGAUUUUUGUUGUUUUGUAUGUGUGAUAGGACGAGUUAGGUAGUUGUGCCUGUUAUUCCUCCAGUCAGAUGAGUUUUCUUUAUAGAGCUCUCCAAUGGAAGGGGCUAGCCCUGCAAAUCUUAUAUUUAUCACCUUUAUGAUAGUCCUAGGAAUUAAUUUGCCUUGAUGGUAUCCUAAAUCUUCAUUCCUAUAUGGGGCAGAGGAGUUUAGUUAGUAUCUGUUACACUGUUUUCACUUGAAUGAAGAGAAGAGCAAUGGUUAAUGACGAAGCUGUGCUUGUAUAUUGUGAUAUAGAUGUAACUGAUUAAUUUUAAGACAUACUGUUUUUAAAGGUAAUCUUGUACAAAUACAUCUGAAUCGAUUUUCUCUUGCAAAUGAAAUUUUUAAGGAGGAAUAAUAAACUUGGAAAAUUUGAUCAAGGUGCUUGAUUGUGGAGUUUGAACUGUGGGUGUACCUCUGUAUUUUACUUGGAUAAAGAAUCAAGCAGUUUUAUCUUGUGCUUAAUUAUUAUUUAUUUAGCAUACACAUUAAAGAUAACUUUUGGAAAAUUA